AUGACAGACGCCAUGUUCACCACCAUCUGGCAGUCGAGGGAGCUGAACACCAAAAAGCUGCUGAGCAAGGACCUGACCUCCAGGGAACACAAGAAGUGUGUCUCAUUCCACAAAGUGACCCAGCCCCUGCCUCACCACCCCCUGACUAUAAAGAGAUCCACCGCCUCCACAAACCUGUCCAACGUGAACCUCUUACCUCUCACCUCUAUGGAGUCAUCGGACAGCCUGAGCUCCCUGGACAGCCUGGAGACGGACACCACCCCGGAAAAGGAAACAAGUGAAGGCUCGGCCACAGAACCACCUAGUGUACUGGAGAAGAACUACAGGUUCAAGGACAUUCUGCAGCUUCCUGCAGGUCUAGAGGAGGAGAUCAGUGAGAGCCAGGGCACAGUGACAUCUGCUGGUGGAGAGGGGAACUACACCAACGAUAAGGAAGCACCUCAACCCGCCCUGGAGGAGACUGCUGACAGCCUGGAACGGUCCCUCACCCUCAUACUCCCUCUAGAGGACGAGGAAGGGGAAGAGGAAUCCUCCGGGCCAAUGAAAGAUGAGGAGAGCUCCAGCACAGACACAGAGUCCUCAGAAACUGAAGACGGGAAUGCCAGCAUUGUAACAGCGCCCCCUGCCGCAAAGGAGCCCAAAUACACACAGAUUUUCUCUCACCCUCAGGAGAUAAAGGCGGGCCCGAAAUCUCUCCAUCCUGUUGAAAUCACUCACUGUCUGUUUGAGCUGGAGGAGGAGUGUAAAGGGGUUGAAAGAAUCUCAGAAGAUGUCAAACGCAAGAUGCUGCUCAUUCACAACAGUACCGUCAGCAUUCAGGAGAAGCUACGCACCCUGCAAAGGAGGCUAGCAAUGGGAGAGGAAAGCGGCAGCGGCAACAAUCACAUCAAGUGCAUCAUCCCCAGAUCCAGCACCCCUUUCCCAGAGCAACGCAUGCACAAGCUCCCCUUCCACUCUCCAAUGAGGGACAUCAACUCCCCACUGGCUACAUCCCACCCACACCCUCACCAUCACCAUCAUGACUGUACCAGCCCACUACACUACAUCCCUGGAAGAACAUCCAUCACUGCUCUGCCAGAACAUGGGGUGACUCACCAUCGCCAUCAUAACUGUACCAGCCCACUACACUACAUCCCGGGAAGAACAUCCAUCACUGCUCUGCCAGAACAUGGGGUGACUCACCAUCGCCAUCAUAACUGUACCAGCCCACUACACUACAUCCCUGGAAGAACAUCCAUCACUGCUCUGCCAGUGCAUAGCCCUCAACCAUGUAGCACCACUCACCCAAAUGCUGCCCAUCACAGCUGUAUAAGUUCCCUGCAUUCCAUCCUUCGCCAUGCCUCGGACACCACCCCGCCUGUCCAGACCCUGAGUGUGAACUGGCAGAGAGACAGCGAUGCCUCCCUGGACAUGGUCUUUGACAUCAGAGCUCAGAGCACCCUGUCUGUCUUCUCCCAGUUAGGGCAGGAGCUGGAGCACCUCUGUGCAGUGGGAACGCGGGUCUGCAAUGUGUCCAGACAACUGCCCACUGCGAAACAAGCCUGGCUCACCGCUGCAACCCACCGUGCUGACUCAGGAGGGAUGAAGACGAGCACAUGCAUCCUCCAAAACGUCUGCCGUCAGCCGUCCACUUCUUUUCACUCUGCAAGCCCACCAUGCAGCCAUCUCAGAGCUACAGAGUUGGAGGACCACUCAGCUCUGGAUCACGUACAGGCAGGCCCACAGGCACCCGGCCAACCACAGGAGUCGCUGGUGCACAGUGAGCCAAGGACAUCCUGGCCGACUUAAGCCCUCCCCACCUCGUGCGGCGCUCAGCCAAUUGUGCACCGCCCCUGAGAACUCAGGCAGUGGAAUAGCCUGGACACAAACUGGUAACCAGGCUAUAGAGCGCAUCCUGCACUCUACGUGGAGUGCCUUUACUGGAUGUGCCACUCGGGAGUCCCCAGGUGGUGUCUUUUAACCCACUCUCAAUUCCCUGGCGGCAGGGAAUUCCCUGCUCGAUGGUGAUCAGCUGCACCAGUUCUUGUGGGGCGUGGUCUUCAGGACGCAGUGCAUUGAUCCAGUACGGGUGCACUGAUCCAAGAGGUACUGCCUGGCAGUACCGAGAUUACAAUCAGGAUGGAGGCUUGUUAGCGGGAUUUAAAGCUGUAUUACAGUUAAGACACAGAGGAUUUAACCCUUUGCGGUCCUAUGUCGGACCUGGUCCGACAUUGCAAUUAUUCCUAUCCGAUCCAUUGUCGGACCCUCUCCGACAUCAUCAAAAAAACUCAAAAAACGGGUUUCUAGUCAUUUUUUCUCCGGAAAAAGCAGAGAAAACCAUUCAAUGGCCGAGUGGGAGCAACAGGAGCCGAGACAAGCCGAUGAAAAAAAAAAAAAAAAAAAAAAGUCUUAUCUCAUGAAUAGUCAUACUUGCCCCUGGCAUCACAUAGGGGCGGUCAUAAGGAAACAAGCUGGAUGGUACUGCAUCAGCGCUCAGAAAAUAUCAUAAAAUAAUGACUUGGAUCACAUUAUUGAGGAGUUUGGUGAUAAAACGAGUGAUCAGGACAUGAUUGAUCAGUAUGUACGACUAUUAUUAUUAUUUAUUUCUUAGCAUAUGUGAAAGCGAUAGCGAACGAAAGGGUGGGGCGGGGUGGAGAUGCCUGGUGAGUGCUUUGUUGAUAUGCAGGGCCUUUUAACCCUUUGCGGUCCAUUGUCGGACUGGGUCCGACAUUGCAAUUAUUCCUCUCAGGUCCUUUGUCGGACUGGGUCCGACAUCAUUAUAGCAACGCAAAAAACGGGUUUCUAGUCGUUUUUUCUCCGGAAAAAGCCGAAAAAACCAUUCAAUUGCCGAGUGGGAGCGACAGGAGCCGAGACAAGUCGAAAAAAAAAAAAAAGGCGUAUCUCAUGAAUAGUCAUACAUAUGGCCCUGGUAUCAGAUAACGGGGCGGCAUAGUAAACAAGCUGGCUGAGUGCGUCAGCGCACAGAGACUAUCACGGACAUUUGCAGAGCUUUUUUCAGAUGUUAUAGUAAUAAAAUAAUGAAUCGCAUUAUUGAGGAGUUUGGUGAUAAAACGAGUGAUCCGGAGAUGAUUGAUCGGUAUGUACGACUAUUAUUUUUAUUAUUAUUUAUUUCUUACAUAGGUGAAAGCGAUAGCGAACGAAAGGGUGGGGCAGGGCUGGAGAUGCCUAGUGAGUGCUUUGUUGAUAUGCAGGGCCAUUUAAACCCGUUUGACUGUGGAAAAAAAUACUUUUAAACAGCGCGUCUAAAAUUAACUGCGCGUGUGAAAAUAAAUUGGACCUGACGCGCCUGACACGCACUUAAUAAAUGGACUGCAAAGGGUUAAAACAGAAUUGUGGCGGAAUGUACAAACAUGCCUUCACACAAAAACCCCAGAAGAAUGUGCCCGUGACCAUAGGGAUUUCGUUGUGGAAAACAGCAAAGGAAAGAAGGUACAACUUAAGUGUGCAAGUACUGUGGAGUUACUAUACAUAUUUUGACACACACACACACAAAAAUGCUCAAGCAGUUUGGAAAGUAACCGAAAACACUAAUUUCAUACAGUAUAUCAAAAACGAAAGCCCCGAAAAAAACAAUUUACAUAAAACUCGAAAAUAGCUAAAAAUAGAUGGCGCCCCCCAUAAUGGUGACUUAUGUCACGGGCACGAGAUCUUGGUGACGGAAGCCUUGGGUUGAUUCAUAAGAACAUAAGAAACAUAAGAAAGUUUUUGGGUAUGUAUUCGUCAAACUGGAAGUGGGCAGGGGCAAACCCAGAAGUUGUUUAAAACUAGUUUUCUUUACACUUAUUUGCACUGUAAAAAUGUCCUGAGUGACAAAACAAUGCAUCAGUGUGCAGUUUUCUAUGCAACACACAUGCAAACUUCACUUGCACUGUGUGUAAUACAUACUGUGCAGUCCUGUGCUGUAUUUUGUAACAGAGCUCUACUAUAAGUAGGGCUCUUUGUUUUUUUAUUUUUGAUGAUGUAAUGUCCCUUUAAGUUUGUUUUGAGCCGACAUUGUUUCUUAAUUCAACUCUUGUAGAAGUGUUGAUUGUAAAACAAGAUCGCUUUUGUUGUGUUUUUUUUUUCCUUCCUGUAACUUGAAUGACACGCUCUUAUUCACUGAUAAUCAGAGAUUCACAAAACACAAUUAAGAUAAAACUUGCAUAACAGGUGAAAUCAUUUUUGCAACGAGUCACUAGGAUUUCAAAAUGGGGAUUAAAGCAAUUUAACUUUGCUCGCUUUUUGGUUUCAGUUUGAUUUAAAAAAAGAGUUGCCUUUGUUAGCAGCGAAACGGAAUGAUUGUUUUACUGAAGUUACAGGGGGAAAAAAGGGUGGGCACACAAAAUACUAAUGUAUGGGUGCCCAAAUACUUUUGUCAGAGUAUGAAAUUAGUUUUUGCAUGUUAUUUUUUAAAAUUUUAUUGAUUUAUAAAUUUAGAAUCUCCAAUAAUUUUUUAUUUUCUCCCAAUUUGGAAUGCCCAAUUAUUAUUCAUGGGAUUCAUGGCAGAGUAGCAGGAAACCAUUGAUCACUAAGAAGAACAUGAAUGCUCGUCUCAAGUUUGCCAAAAAGCACCUGGAUGAUCCUCAAGAGCCUUGGAACAAUGUUCUAUGGACAAAUGAGUCAAAAGUGUAACUUUUUGGCCGACAUGGGCCCCGUUGUGUCUGGCGAAAACCAAAAACUGCAUUCCACAGUAAGAACCUCAUACCAAUGGUCAAGCAUGGUGGUGGUAUUAUCAUGGUUUGGGGAUGCUUUGCUGCAUCAGGAUCUGGAUGCCUUGCCAUCAUUGAAGGAACCAUGAAUUCUGCUCUGUAUCAGAGAAUUCUAAAGGAGAAUGUCAGGCCAUCCGUCCGUGAGCUGAAGCUGAAGCGCAGCUGGGUCAUGCAGCAAGACAAUGAUCCGAAACACACAAGCAAGUCUACAUCAGAAUGGUUAAAGAACAAGAAAUUUAAAGUUUUGGAAUGGCCUAGUCAAAGUGCAGACCUAAACCCCAUUUUGGUUGAAGAUCUGAUAACAUUCAGUAUCAAAAAUGUGCAAAAAUGCAGAAAAUCAGACAGGGGGCAAAUACUUUUUCACGGCACUGUAUAUAUAUAUAUAUAUAUAUAUAAUUAGGUCUGUCACUCGAUUUAUAAUUUUUGAUCGGUUAAUUUAUGGGCAUUAGUUGAUUAAUUGGUAGACUCAUCCAUGCACAUUUUAAAGGUAACGUUCUUAUAGUGAAUCAGUAGAAUCUAAAAAAAAUAUAAGCCCAAUGGGAAUUUGGUUAUUUUAAAAGCAUUUUUAUUUUAGUAACUGUAACACAUUUUCACAGAACGACAUCAAUCCAUGAAAGAGUUUAAUAGCAAAAUAUAACGCACAAGAACUGAGAAUGGAUUUAUUUUUGUCUUUCAUGCAAACAUAUACCAAUUAAGCCGGGUCCACACCUGAGCCAUUGUAACAGGGUCAAGAAUGCCCUGUUCAAAUUUAUUUUAUACUUGUAUGUUAUUAUUUUUAUAAAAUGUAUUUUAUGAUUUGAUUAGUGCACGCUUUGUGUUGUCUGACACUUUUUGAUAAUUGAUUUGUAUCACGUUAUGUUGUCUUCUCCACCCGCUUCCCUGUGUUUGCCCUGUUGAGCACCUAGUAAUUGAAUUAUUGAUCAAUUUACGCACCUGAAUAUAAAUAGCACAUGUUUUCACAAACGGGAUGGCCAUCCUGGGGUUUGUGUGUCUGUGCAGGAGUGGGAAUGCAGUGUUUGGAGCGGGGAGCGACGAGUGAGAGAGACUGAAACGGACCAGUAAAUGGAGCAUCCCGACAAUAAGUAUUGGGCUGAUUGUAUGCCGGUGUUGAAUAAUAAGCGCGAACGGCCCGAGUGUUUUUAGCCUGUUUGGUAGUCGAAUGGAGUUUAAGAAGUGCACAGAAUAGGCUAUAUUGCGAUUCUGGUUUCUCUCUCGCGCUCUCUGUGUGUGUGUUCCCUCCCCUGCACGGACAUUGUGUGUGUGUGUGUGGUGUGGGUAUUUGUACUUUUGUACCGUGGUAUUGUUUUUAUUAUGACAGUUUUACCGUGUUUUGGAAUGUGUAUCUCCACUGUAUUGCUGGGUAGCAGCGUUGUUGUAUUUGCAGCUUAAUCCAUGACCUCAUUCAUGUGAACCUUGUUUAACUGCUUGAAAUCUUGCUACCUGUUAAUAGGUGAAUGGAAUUGUUGUUUUAUAAUCAGUACCAUUUGAAAC